GGAGGAGGAGGAGGAGCUGAGGAGGAGGAGGAGGAGUCAGGGAGGGAGAUAAAACAGACUCAGCAGAGCAGAGACGUUCAAACUGAGGAGGAUCAGAGAAGAAGACCGGUGUUGCUCGUCUGCAGCGUGGACGACUGAAAGACAAGAGAGGAGGAGGAGGUGGAAAAAGAGGAGGAGGAGAGGAGGAGGCACCAAACCACCCACAGAGAGAAAGUUUCCUGACACACAGACUCUCUGUCUGAAAGCUCACACACUGUUUCUGUUUGUGGAAACUUCAGCGUGAACACACAGAGAAGACAAACCACAGAAGAAGAAAACUAAAGUCCAGCAGACUCACCAGAGUGCAUCAUGGGAACGUCUUCGCUCCACAGACACAGCUGAAGACCUGAACGUCCUCUGGUUCCUCCUCCACCACAGACACCCAGCAUGCCGGCCAGGCCGUCCCAGAGAAGGAGCUCUGUGGGUGGGGCAGGAGGACUGCUGCUGCUCCCUCUGCUCCUGGGCCUGAUGGUGAUGAUGAUGAUGAUGAUGAUGAAGGUGGAGGCAACGAGCAUUGAGGAGGUGGAGAGCGAGGAGAGCGAGGAGGUGCUGGAGGAGGACGAGGCUGUCAGCACUGAGAUCCUGGAGCCGCUGUCCUCUGAUCUGUCCAGAGUGUCUCCUCUCAGCUCCUGGCUCAUCUUCAGGAGAAACUCCAACAAGGGGGACAACCGGAGAACCAAAGGGUCCAGGAGAACCUCCAAGCAUGGUCUUCCAGGACCUCCAGGACCUCCAGGACCCCAGGGGCCUCCAGGCCCCCCGGCCCCCCUCCUGCCCCAACAACAGGAGCUGAUCCAGGAGCUUCAGCUCAAACUAAGAGACAUGGCAGGAGGAGUGUGUUUCCUGUGUGACCGUCCUCCUCGUGUCUCCACCUCCUUCCUCAGUCGCCUCCAGCAGGCCGUCAUCGUCCCACGUCGCAGCCUGCUGGAGCUGCAGCCAUUCAGCCAGCCGUCAGACUCAGAGCGGAGCUUCCAGAGAGGUCAGAGCUUCAACAGCAGCAUCGGCCGAUACACUGCAGCCGUCUCUGGAUUCUACCAGCUGACCGCCAGCCUGCUGAUCGAGUCAGGAGACAGACUCCAGGUGAGACUCAGAGACAGUGUGAGAGCAGCCAUCUGCAUCGAGUCACUCUGCCAGAGCAACCUCUCUGUAGAGUCAGUGAUGGGCGUGGCAGCUGCUGGAGGAACAUUCAGUAUCUUACUGACAGGAACGCUCUAUCUACAGGCUGGAGAGUACGUGUCAGUGUUUGUGGACAACGCCACCGGCUCGUCCAUCAGCGUCCUGCAGGACUCUCUGUUCUCUGGGAUCCUGCUGGGAGUCUGAACACAGACACUUUGUGACAUCAGCAGAGAGGUGACAUCAGCCCUGGCGUCCUACGGCGAGGACAGAGGUGUGACAUCAUCCUCACAGAGCUACACUGGAGCGCCAUCACCUGAUCUCCACAGUUUUAAGCACACGGUGGCGCUGUUGUUCCUGAGGGAUCCUCUGAAACCUGGACUUGCUGUGAACGAGUUUUUCAUUCACUUUAAUGCAGAUAUUUUUCCUGCAGCUCCGCCUGGUGGACAUUAGAGGAACUGCAGCCAGGGCGGCUCGUCAUUACUCCACUGAUCUUUGGAUGGCUGAUGAUACGUUCAUAUUUUACACGUUAUUAAAUUUUUAUAUUUAAGCAGUUUCAUGCUAACGCAUCGCCAGUAUUCUGACUUUCUACCAGUUUUCUGACUUUCUACCAGUUUUCUUUUUGUCAUCAGAGACCUGAGAACAGCAGCAGUCUGAACAGAUCGUCUGUUUCCAUCUUACUUUGAUAUUAAUAUUUAUUCUCUGGAUGUGAUAAACAAGUUGUGAAUAAUUGAGAUAAUAAAACUGAUCUACUCGCUGUCA